ACAAGGGAGAGAGGGUGGGGUAAAAAUAUGCGAUUUUAGCGUUACGUAGUUUAUGAACGGCCCCUAAAAUACGUGAAUUGUUGGGAAAUUAUUAUACCACGCUUACCCAGUCUCAAAUCUGUCCGGUAUAUUUACACUUGUGCGCGAGAUUUGCAAACUACACUCAUUUGCAGUUGCAAAUCGUUCUCUUUUUAAAAAUAAGUUCGGCUGGUGAAUUAUUUGAGGGGAAGGAAUUGACUACUUCCGAUAGAAACUUUGACACGUUCUUAUUAAAGGCGAGAUCAUCAACUUACAUAGCCAAUUCCUAGUUCCGUUCGUGAAUAUGGGAUUCCGGAUAAUUUUAGUCGGAUAUUUCCUAUCGAAUUAGGAGAUUCAGUCAGCUCAACAUUAUGGUUGAAUUUGGUUUAAAGUCGGGAAGCUCAGUCAGAUUCCCUACUCUUAAAGAAAACUAAUUAGUGCGGCAUACAAUUUUUUGACAACGAACUCACCAAAUAUCGGAUCCACAUUGAAAUGAAGCCAGGAAAGAAAAGGGAAUGUUCAAAGUGUUCGAAAACGUAUCAAAGUAAAAAAGCGUUGAGAAGACACUUGGUCACGCACGAUCCAGACGCCAAGGUCAAAUGUGAGAUUUGCGGCAUAAUUUCCAACACCAGGUUCACCUUAGCUGCCCACAUGAAGAGUACUCACAGUAGCCGACCAAGUUGUGACACUUGUCACCGCGAGUUUUCAGCCGUUAGCUCCUUACAGCGGCAUAUUGACACCGUCUACAGCGCGAAGGAACGACCUCGUCUCCCAUGUACGUUUCCCGGCUGUGAGAAAACCUACCUAAGCAAUGAUAAACUUUCAAAACACGCUAAAACUGAACAUUCCGAGAAUCCGGUCCGAUUUCCGCGCAGACUUUGCGGAAAGGAGUUCAAAACCAGGGUUGACCUUACCCAGCAUAUUCCCACCCAUACGACGGAAAAGCCGUACACUUGCGCCACUUGUGGGAGGAGUUUCGCCCAAAAGGGAGCAAUGACAAGUCAUGAGAAGACGCAUGUGGAAAAGUCUGGCCGAGACAAGUUCCACUGUCAGGUCUGUCCAUAGACCUUUGUAAGUAGACGUGGCCUUCUUCUCCACACCGGAUAUGUGCAUGAAAAUCAGAGGAAUCAUCCGUGCAAAUUGUGUGACCAGAGAUUCAGAAAUUCAGGAAAUUUGAAGCGUCACGUGGAGGCGAAGCACCCCACAAAUGAAGCGCUGAUCCAUUCCUGCGACAAAUGCGAGUACAAGAGCCACUCGAAAAACAACUUGGCCUCUCAUAGAUUGCGCCACAAUGCAGCGAGGCAUGGAUGCUACUUCUGUGGGAAGAAAUUCUUCCUUUUUAACGAAUUGGUUCAACAUUGUCGAGCUCAUACUCUAGAAAAGUUAAAAUACUGAUGAUGGGUGUAUCAAUAAUUUGCCAGUUUUCGACAUUUUGCAAACCUUCUUAUGUGGAAAACUACAUAUAUGAUUUUAGUUUCAAAUUUAAAUUGUAAGAGACUCGCAUUCCGAAAGUUGUUGUUUCCAAUCAUGUUGAUCCCUUCAUGCUGAAA